AUGGCAUUCCGAAGUAAACUGGCUAUAUUCGUCCUUCUGACGAGCUUUUAUGUUUGGCGAAGCCAGUACACUCUCCGGAAUUCCAUUCUCACAUCGGCCCCGCUCCCCGACGGUUAUUUCCACGGCGGCAAUUUCAGCACCCAAUGCGAGACUCUCAAAGACGAGUCCGGCAACGACGCUCUCAAGUUCUGUGAGGACGCAACGUUCUGGGACCUUCAUGACAAUGAAGCCAAGUUGGAAGAACGAAAGGUUCUUAUAUCUUGUGACUCGGGCCGAAAGCAGUGGAACACCGUGAUGGGGCCGUUACACAAGCCCGAACCUCACGGCUCUCUCUGGCUCUACUCGCCCGACAGCGAAAAGGUCGCUACGGAUAAGCCGAGCUCUCUUUUUGGUUUCGGAAAGACUGCUGUUGUACCCACGAAACCUCAACGUAUCACAUUGAAAAACUAUCCAGAAGGCCACGACUUCCAUCCUUUGGGUGUCAAGAUUUGGCCAUCAUAUGCUGGCAAUUCCUCCAAUCUCUUCAUUGUGAAUCAUGCUGGUCCUCGAACCUUUAUCGAACAGUUCGUCAUAUCGCCCUCCUCCCCGACCGUCGCAACCCAUAUUCGCACGCUUUCAUCUCCCUACUUUGUUUCCCCCAACGCUCUCGCUCUGACCUCUCCGAAUUCUUUCUACGUUUCAAAUGACCAUCUUGUCACUCGGAGAUGGCCCAUCAUCGGCCACUUUGUGCCUAUCAUGGAGACGAUUCUUGGAUUACCUCUUGGAUGGGUGGCCCAUGUCACUCUGGAUUCUGAUGCAACAUCUUCCGUUUCGAUCCAGACCCACGUAGUCGCCGCACCCUUUAUCCCAUUUCCAAAUGGCGUAGCCGUGUCUGCGUCCGGUACUCAGGUGGCCAUUGCAUCCACAUCGUUGAGUCAAAUCAUGAUGUAUUCGAGAAAUACCUCCACCAAUGAACUGGUGUUUCAAGAAAGCAUUCUUGUUCCAUUUUGCCCCGAUAACAUUGAUUUUGACGACAAUGACUCUCUUAUUGUUGGCGGCCAUCCCCAUUUCCCGACUUUGGUCAAAGUGGUUAAAAGUGUGGCGCCGCACGCGCCAAGUUGGGUGCUUUCUAUUACACCCCGUGCCAGUGAGAGCAAAUUGACCGAACCACCGGUCAAUUACGAUAUACUGGCACCGAUUUCUGCCGGCAGUAAGGUCCCCGCACCGCUGAACUGGGACGUCGUGACAUUACUCCAGAGCAACGGCGUCGGUUUUUCAUCUUCUACGGUCGGUCUGCAAGAUACGAAAACAGGCGCCUUGUAUGUCUCUGGGUUGUAUGCGGAGGAAGGACUGCUGGUUUGCAGACCACCUCUGGCCUAA